GGCAAGGAUAAAACCCAGGAAAUUCAUCUUCCGCUUCUUUUGAAUCAACCAUCACGAACACCCCCUGACCUGGCGCUGGACCCGUCCGCCAACCACCCUCCACUCAACCGCGUCCAUAGCUAGUCAAGUUCCCCGACAAAGUCGCCCACGCUCGACCUGUCUUGUCAAGUUUGAAUCCUAUCUCGUCUUGGAGUAACCCAAACAUUCAUAGGAUAAACCCACAAGAUGAUGGUCCUACCUCGAACGAUUGGACGCCUCCCUCGAGGGAGAACGGCCUUCGUUCCCAUAUAUUCGCAUUCGUUGAAGAGCCCCUCGAGUUCUCUCUUCGUUGCUAGAGGAUUCGCGAGCUCGAUGUCGAAUAUGUAUGACAAAAUUGCGGUGAAGAACCCGGUGGUCGAGCUCGAUGGAGACGAGAUGACCCGUAUCAUCUGGAAGAAGAUUCGUGAAGAGCUCGUCCUGCCGUACUUGGACCUGGACAUCAAGUACUACGACCUUGGCGUGGAGAGCCGUGAUGCUACCAACGACCAAGUCACCGUAGACUCCGCCAAUGCCAUUCUCGAAUACGGUGUUGGUAUCAAGUGCGCGACCAUCACUCCUGACGAGGCUCGCGUCCAGGAAUUCAACCUCAAACAAAUGUGGCGCUCGCCCAACGGAACCAUCCGUAACAUCCUCGGCGGCACCGUCUUCCGUGAACCCAUCAUCCUCGACCGUAUCCCCCGCCCCGUCCCAGGUUGGACAAACCCCAUCGUCAUCGGCCGUCACGCCUUCGGCGACCAAUACCGCUCGACAGACUUCGUAGCACCAGGACCCGGGAAGAUUCAGUUGGUGUAUACGCCAGAGGGAGGAGGAAAGCCGACUGUCAUGGAUAUAUAUGAUUUCAAGGGCAAGGGUGUGGCGAUGGCGAUGUAUAACACUGAUGACUCGAUAUCAGGAUUUGCCCACUCUUCGUUCAAGAUGGCGUUGGCCAAGAAGAUGCCGCUCUUCAUGUCGACGAAGAACACCAUCCUCAAGAAGUACGACGGCCGCUUCAAGGACAUCUUCCAGGAGAUCUACGAAUCCCAAUACAAGCCCGAAUUCGAAAAAGCCGGGAUCUACUACGAACAUCGUCUGAUCGAUGACAUGGUCGCGCAGGCCAUCAAGUCCUCCGGAGGAUUCGUCUGGGCGUGCAAGAACUACGACGGAGACGUGCAGUCUGAUAUCCUCGCACAGGGCUUCGGAAGUUUGGGAAUGAUGACGAGCGAGUUGAUCACGCCCGACGGGAAGGUGAUCGAGAGUGAGGCGGCGCACGGAACUGUCACCCGGCACUACCGCGAAUACCAAAAAGGCAACGAAACGUCCACGAACCCCGUCGCGUCCAUCUUCGCAUGGACCCGUGGGCUCAUCCACCGCGCGAAACUCGAUUCGAACACCCUGUUGAAGGAGUGGGCGGAAGAGCUGGAGAAGUCGUGUGUGGAGGUGAUUGAUGAGGACGGGGUGAUGACGAAGGAUUUGGCGUUGGCGAUCCAUGGGAAGGGGAUGAAGAGGGAGCAUUGGGUCGUUACGGAUGUUUAUAUGGAUGCUGUCAAGAGCAAGCUCGACAAGAAGCUCGCGGCCAAGGCGAAGAAGUCCACCUCGUGAACGCAGCGUCCAGGAUGGUGACGUAACGGAUUUCUAUCUUGUUUAGGACGCUUAUACAUCUACAUU